CACUGGUAGCCCCGUAGUCCGGCGCUAACGCUAACAGCGCCGUGACGAAAUGGUCGAUAUGGCAAAUCCCUGUUGUUGCUAGGGUAUACAGUGAGGACACAAUGGUUGGCUCACAGGAUAAAACGAGAAAUGCAGGUAAGCGAUCCAAUGUUGACACGAUAGCACCAGACCUACCCGGGGUAUUCAUCCAAUGUUGAGUCUGUUAGUCAUUUCUCGCUGCUAGUUUCUGCCAGCCGACAGGGUUGUCGGACAUGUCUGGAAGCAACAGGGUCUCGCCUGAACCGCGCGACUUCGAGGCUGAGGCUGUGGAUAAUAAUGACACAUCGCCGACACAGCGAGCUGACACAUCCCCGAGACACGUAACGGGGGGUCUGCACGAGGCGCCUGCAGCAGCACACUCCCCACAACAUUCUGCCCAUCACAAGAUGGAGCCGCAGUACUCUGCCGUGGGACAAGAUUCCGGAGACCAGCAACAGCGUCGAGCAUCUGGGCAGUCGAGGAUGAAGGAGCACGAGGUGGUGUUCGGAGCCAGUGACAGUGAGGAGGGGGCGGGUAUCUGCUCCUCGCUGCUGACGGCGGGCUCCUAUCUUAUGGUCAUCCUCUUCUUUCCCUUCUCUCUCUUCAUCUGCAUCAAGGUUGUUCAGGAAUAUGAAAGAGCAGUCAUCUUCCGGUUGGGGCGAUUACUCUCAGGUGGCGCUAAAGGACCAGGAAUUUUCUUCGUCCUGCCCUGUAUCGAAGACUAUACCAAAGUAGACCUGCGCACCGUGACCUUUGACAUCCCACCUCAAGAGGUUCUGACCAGGGACAGUGUCACGGUGUCCGUGGAUGCUGUGGUCUACUACCGCAUCAACAAUCCUUGCGUGUCUGUAGCCAACGUCGCCAACGCCGCCCACUCUACACAGCUGCUGGCACAGACGACACUGAGAAACACCCUGGGUACCAAGCACCUGCACGAGAUCCUGUCCGACAGGGACCAGAUCAGCGAGUCCAUGCAGUCCAUACUUGACGAUGCCACGGAAAGAUGGGGAAUCAAGGUUGAGCGGGUUGAAAUAAAGGACGUACGGCUGCCCAUCCAGCUGCAGAGAGCCAUGGCUGCUGAGGCAGAGGCUGCCAGAGAGGCCCGUGCCAAGGUGAUAGCAGCAGAAGGUGAGCAGAAGGCCUCCCUGGCGCUGAAGGAGGCUUCGUUGAUCAUCAGCGAGUCGCCCGCUGCCCUGCAGCUCCGCUACCUGCAGACACUCAGCACCAUCUCCGCCGAGAAGAACUCCACCAUCAUCUUCCCACUGCCCAUUGAAAUGCUACAGACCUUCGUCAGGAAAUGAGGUCUGGAAAAUUCACCGAGAACAGGACAGCAGAUGUUGUCAGUAGAACAGUCCAUUCAUUAGUAUCUCAUCUUUCGUGUGCUUGUGGUGUGUGAGUGUGUGUGUGCGUGUGUGUGCACCUGCAUGCAUCUCAAAUGCUUUCGUUCUGAUCUUGUUUUCUAUCCAUUAUAGUGAAUCUUUCUAUUUUAUUACUUUUUCAAUGCCUCUUUUGUUCGGGGAUAAUUUGUGUGUGCGAGUGUGUGUGAGAAUUUCUUUUUGUUACACUCGUGUACAGUACUUCAAAUUAUAGAACUUCAAAAUAUUGGCAUACUGUAUAUUUUCACGUGACUGGUAGAUGUAGUGCAUGUAGAUAUAUGUUUUAUCUAUAUAUAUAUCAGUAGGAGAUCAAUGACUUUUGUUAUGCCGCCAAAGUCAUUUUCUUAUUAAGUUAUUUUCGACAGUUUGAAACUGAGUCUUUCUUAAUAAUUGUGUAAGAUAUUUAAGUUAAAAUAACAUUUGUUAAAAAGUAAAUGUAAAUAAUUGGACUUUUAAAGAAAUAAAUAACAUUUUGUGUGAUCAAUAUGUUCUUUUAUAAUUAUGUUGGGCUCUAAAUAAUAAUAAUGCCGUGAAUGCAUAAUAUGAUCUCAAGUUCUCCUUUGUCUGACUAUAUGAUACCUUGGUGGCUUGCCAGGUGGAACUGCUUUAGUCAGAACAUUUGUCUUUAGUAUUUUUUGUCCUAGUGAAGCACCUGUUGUAACAACUCUGUAAAUAACUCUUACAAACUGUGCACUUAAAAAAGACAUUUUUAAACGGUGGUGGCCGGGGGUGCUUUUAAGUACACACCAAAACUCAUUUACAAAAUAAAGGGAGUUAAAGUGUUUUUUGUUGCUCAUCACAUCAUACUGUAGGUGUUAUAUAUAUAUAUAUGUGUGUGUUGUUACUAAGCAUAAUACUAUAGGUAUAUAUUGUGUUGGUCGUCAGUACAUAAUACUGUAGGUAUUAUGUUGAUGUAUUGCAACUCAGGUUUUCUGUGGUAGAGCAGAGUUAUGGAACCUCAUGUACAAAAAGUGUUUACUUACUUUUCAGAAUGGACUACAAAAUCAAACUGUUUUUCAAUUAAAGAGUUAAUUAUGUG